AUGAACGGCAAACGACCCAACGACGCGCCGGCGGAUCCAGCCUCCCCAAAACGCCAGUGCCAUGUUCACUCUCUGUCACUCUCGUUUCCCCCCGACGAGAGGGAGACGCCGGAGUCGACCCGCCGCGGGGCUGUCGACCUUGGAAUCCUGACUGAGGCUCCUGUCUACUCCUUGGCGACGCCGUCCUCUCCCCUCUCCUCCCCGAACUCCACCAUCUUCUCUCCGUUCACUGGCUUCUCUCCGGGAAUUGAGGAGGACAAAAAGCCCGAGUUCCAGUACGACUUUGAUUUUGAUAUCGCCGCCGGAUCCCCAUGCUGGCCCACAAUCCCCCUCCCACCAUGCGAGGACGAGUCUGCCGACCCAGGCGCGCCACCGCCCUGGCCGCUCCCAGCCUUACCGCUCACUCUGAAUUUAUCGGCACUGGCUAUCAAAGACGAUGACGCCCUCUCCACUGCUAGCCUUGACAGCGAGUCUGAGGCUGGUAUUUGGGAGGCGGCGAGUUUAUUGCUCCUUCCGAGGACACGGAGACGGGCUAUGAGCGCGCCGUUGAGGCCGGGGAUUGUUUGGGAUGCGCGGGAAAGGGGAAGGGGUGUGGCUGGUGGGGAGGAUUAG